AUGCCUGCUGAGCACAACAACCACAUCAGAAACAACAAUGCGACUUCUAACUUGGAUCCAUACCAUCAUCCUCUGGCUCCUAGGCAUGACAAUUCUCCAAUGACUGGUCCCCAGAGAGCACCAACUCCUUACCCUUCCCACCUCCAGGCGUUAGAAGAGCGUUUCAUGGCUGAAUUCCUUGAUGAAGGAGGUUUCCAAUAUCCCUUUGUGCCUCCCCUGUCAAACAUCACCCGCCGGCCGUUCCUUAUUUCAGGACCCCCAGACUCUUCCAAUAGCGAUACUGUAGUCUUGCACCAGUUCCCCGGACCCCUGGAAGUCCCUCCCACCUCAGAAGCUACCACUGGAUCUUACCACAUUGCCCCUGCACAGGUAUUCCCAUCCUUGUUGCCUAUAAACACCUCAUCCUCUCCAAAUCCUGACAGUCCCCUUGCUGUGUUGACCGAUUCCCCCAGCAUGCUGCCUCUCGCCUCUGAUGUCUCUGACAAUGGUAGCCUCGACCACGCCCCUAACCUACAACUACUAGCCAGUGUCAGUGAAUAUAUCACAGCAUCAGAGAGACACAGCAGUGACCCGCAGAAGUUUGUGGUUUACAUUCAGGAUGUUGAUCCCUUGGAACAUGUAUUACCAUACUUCCCUGGAGCCUAUGCUACCACCAUUACCCAACCACCUAUGGACGUCCCCAUUGACAGCAAUCCAGUGUUUGGGUUACAACAGAACUCUUUGGACAAGGAAUGGGAGGAGAACACUUGGGAAUACUUGCUGACGCGAGACGACAAUCUGUUGGAGAGCUUUUGGGCAUUGUUGCAAGACAUCAAGGACCCUGGCGUUGCCAAUGAAAGGCGGAACUCAUUUGUGCACAAGGAGAAAUGGACCAAUGUAGAGCUCAGCUUUGAGCCACCAACCUGGAGGAAAAACUUGAACAACAUGAAUUCUCCAUCAUCACUCCCCCUUCUGUGGCCAUGCCCCACCGUCUUUGUUUCUGUGCUAAAUGUGAGACUGAUGGUCAUCUGCAGAGUAAAUGUUGGCAUUGGUUGUUUUCCUUCUGCGGACUCCUGCACCCUCACCAUAAAUUCCGCACCUCCACCGACGUUCAACCUGGACAGCUUCCCUGCCCCACCGAUGAACCCAGAUACUUACAAGAACAUCGUGCUCAAUGGAAACUCUAAACAGUGA